AUUGAUACAAGGGUAGUGCCCAACUCCAAAUCCAAAUUAAACGCAGCAAGGCAUAUCGCAACCCGGUAUUCGUGCAUGGAGUCGGAGCCGCGUGUCCUGGACACAGUCCAGCUUGUCCCGGUGCCUGCUCCGGUGGUGCCCGUGUCCGCCCCGCUCUCUGUGCUGGAUUCCGACCACAACGUGUUCGAGGUCGACUUCCGCACGCUUCGCAUAUUCCCUUCCCACCCGCCCUCCAUAGAUCCUUUCGGUGUUCUCCAGCGCGCUUUUGCAGCUGCUCUGGGUCUUUUCCCGGAGCUGGCCGGCUCAGUCCACGACGACGGCCGCGUCCUUGUAUCCGGGAGCGACGCCGUUCCCCUCGUGCUGGCGGUGUCAGACCUGAGGGCAGACCAAGUCGAUGCGGACAGGCUGGACGCAGCGCUGCUUGAGCAGCUGGUGCCAUCGGACCGUGUCGCCAUGGCAGACCCGGUGCUGGCGUUGAAAGCUACGGUGUUUGCGUGCGGCGGUGUCGCCCUGGGGAUGAGGUGUGCGCACGCGCUAUGCGACGGUGCCGGCGCCGACAAAUUCCUCGCGGCUGCGGCGCUGUUCGCACAGGGGAAGCAGCCGGCUGUGACGCCGGUGUGGGAGCGGCAGGAGCGGCUGGGGUCCAGGCGGCCGCCGCGCUUGGCGAUUCCGUUCGAGCGCGUCCUCGCGCCUCACAAGGACGUCGGGCCGUACAGGUAUGGGCAUGAGCAGCUGGUGGCGAGGGAGUGCUUCCAUGUGAGCAACGCAAGCGUGGGGACGCUCCGGGAGCAGCUCUCUGGCGAGGCCGGCCUCAAGCUCACAACCUUCGAGGUUAUCGCGGCGUUUAUCUGGCGCGCCAGGGUGAAGGCCAACGGAACUCGCCCCGACGAGCUAGUGAAGAUGGUCUACUCCAUGAACGUGAGCAGAAUUCUUGACCCGGCGCUCCCGGAUGGAUACUGGGGCAACGCGUGCGUCCCCGUAUAUGUGGCCCUUGCCGCCGGCGAGCUCGUCGGCCAGGGGCUGGCGGACACAGCUGCUCUUAUCAGGAGGAGCAAGCAAGCGGUGGACGACGAAUACGUUCGCUCCUACAUCGACUUCCAGGAGAUGCACCGCCGCCGCGGGGAGCGGGUGACGGCGGGUGGCGGUGUGAGCGCCUUCACGGACUGGCGGCGCCUCGGCCACUCGGAGGUGGAUUUCGGGUGGGGUCGGCCGGACGUCGUGCUGCCACUCUCUUGGCGGAUCCUCGGGAGCACGUUUCCGUGUUUCUUGCUGCCUUAUAGUUCCACGGACGAGAGGCGCCGGACAGGGUUCAAGGUCUUGGUCGCGCUCAUGGACCACGCACUGCCCUGCUUCACACACCAAAUGGAUGAUAUACUGCUCCACUGUCCGGCUCCUAUGGCUAAACUAUGAUAUGAAACUCCAUUGAUGCAUCAAGGAAGCGAUGGAUGAUGGAGGAUGUUUCAUCUUGUGAGUUGUUGGCCUCGACCAGUGUACGUACUUGUUGGACGGUGGUAAUCUGUGGAUUCCACAUGUAUCUUCAUGUUUUCCUCCUAUAAAAAAACUGGUUCAUUCGACGAGCUUGUUUUUCAAUGAAACCAAAAAGUCAUGUUUUACAUGCCAAA